CAUCCUGUAGACUCUUGUUGGCGAAUACAGUCCACACCAGAAGUCAGAAAGUCAAAAUUUCACCAAGGGGACACCAGGAGAAGGGUAGAGUUUUUCCUGGUUAUUGUGAGCGCUCUUAUCACGUUUCAUAGUGAGGUUUUUUGACUUUUUAAUACGUUUCUCGUUCAUGUGGUUUCGUAGUAAACAAAAGAGGGGGGGUUAAUUGGACUUGAAGACUUGUUGGCUCCUUUCUGUGGUAUUUUUGCGUGCUGUGCCAGCGCAGCUGUUGGCGCACCUGAGUCCGCUAUCCACUUUGUGCAGCGUGAGCAUGACUUUAACGCAUCUGAGCAACUAAACUAUGGUGGUCACAUUGCUUGGUGGUGACAUGCCCGCUGUAGUGAGUCUUGAUCAAAGCGCAGUCUCUCACUGUGGAACCGGAGUCCAGGUGUCACCAGGAAGAGCUGAUGUGGCUGUUUGGAGCACAAGUUUGAUGCCAGCUGGGAUUUGACAGAGCGCAGGAGAUUGGGAUGCAAGAGAAACCUUAGAGAGACAAUCCUCGGCUACUUUUACCUGGAUUCAGCACGGGUUGCCCAGAGCCAUGGCCUCUGAGGUGGUGUGCGGGCUGGUCUUCAGGUUACUGCUGCCAGUGUGUCUUGCAGCUGCUUGCCUAUUCAGGUACAACGCCCUGUCCUUCGUCUACCUCAUCUAUCUCCUGCUUAUUCCACUCUUCGCAGAGCCAACAAGCACAACGAUGCAGGGCCACACAGGGCGUCUGCUGCAGUCUCUCUGCUUCACCAGUAUGUCCUUCCUGCUGCUCCAAAUCAUCUAUCAGAUUACCAUCAACAGCCUUCCGACCAGGAACUCCAUCGCCUCCAACAUCACCUCCGACUUCAACUGUUCCACGUGGGAGAAAUCCAUUAGGCAAAUUGGCUUUGAGAGCGUGAUCGGGGCAGAUGCGGGGAACGGCAUCCGAGUGUUCAUCCCUGACAUCGGCAUGUUCAUGGUCGGCUUGGUCAUCUGGCUGCUGUGUCGCAGCCUGGUCCAGAAGAGGCCGCCUGAGGACAUGGCCCAGUACAACGCUGACUUUGAAGCAGAGGAACAAGAAGAAGAGGAGAAGCUGAGCCUAGACGACAACAUCCUGCUAGAGGAGGACUUGGAAGCGGGGUACGAGGCUGAGGAGGAUGAGGAGGAUGAGGGGCUGGAUGAGGAGGAGGAAGAAGAGGAGGAGGAGGAGGAGGAGGAGGAGGAGGAAGUGAAAGUGAGCACCAAGAUGAGAAUCCUGCUGCUUGUGGCCCAAGUUGCAUCCAAAGUGAAGGAGAUAAUCGGGAACUUGAUCACCACUGCGGGGAAGGUGGUGGUCACUGUCUUGUUGGGCAUGACAGGCAUGAUGCUGCCUUCGUUGACCUCGGCUGUUUACUUCUUUACCUUCCUGUUUCUGUGCACCUGGUGGUCCCUCUGCCGGACCUUCGACACACUCAUCUUCAGCUGCAUGUGCGUCCUGAUGGCCAUCUUCAGUGCCGGGCACCUCAUCGUACUCUACUUUUACCAGUUCCAGUUCUUCCAGGAGUCCAUCCCAUCAGAGGACAGCUACAUCAGUGUGUUUGGCAUCUCCCCCAUUGUUCAGAGCAACUGCUCCUACACAUGGAAGCUCAUUGUGCACCCAGAGCGUAAGUGGUACCACUUUGUGAAUCCCAUCAUGCUGCUGAUUCUCUACUACACCCUGGCCACGCUCAUCCGCCUCUGGCUGCAGGAACCCAUCGACCAGCUGACGGACCACAAGGACGGUGAUAUGUGUGAGGAGGAGGAGCUGGUUGAAAACAGAGUGAAUAACUCGGCCAACAGGAAGAGGAAGCUGUGGUGGGGGUCACGGCGGGGCACAGACGAGAAAAACCUCAUCUCCACCCUGGAUGGCAUCAGUACAACUGAGGCUGUGCCCACCCCAAAUGGGACGUCCUUUGACUUUGUCACAACUGAGAAUGGACCGGUCUGUCUGGAUUUGUACUCCAUCCCCCAGUAUAAAAUGGACCAACCCAGUGACGGUAGAGUGAAGAAGGAAGAGUGUGUGUACGAAGUCAGUUUGCCCCCGGAGGAGUCAGCGUUGGAGGGAAGCGAAGACAAGUCUGAGGGAGGAGAGGAUGGGAUGACAAAACGAGGAGUCGGCACGAUGGUCAAAGUCUUCCGCUUCAUCAUGAAACAGAGCUACAUCUGUGCUCUCAUAGCCAUGAUGGCAUGGAGCAUCACGUAUAUCAGCUGGCUGACGUUCGUUUUCCUCAUCUGGUCUUGCAUACUGUGGAUGGUGAGGGACCGGAGGCGUUACGCCAUGCUGUCUUCUCCCUUCAUGGUGGCAUAUGGCAACCUGCUGAUAGUUCUGCAGUACAUUUGGAGUUUUGAGAACAUGCCUGCAAUCUCAGGGCUCUUUCUCAAGAAGAAUAACCCUUUCCAUUCACUUUCAUCCAAGGUCCUGUGUCUGCUGAGCUUCUGGCUGCUACUGAGACAAAGGCUUACAGAGAGACAAGAAAAAAAAAAGGAAGACAGCGCUGGUCUCUCAGAUGUUCAUGUGGAGGAUCAGAAAGAAAAGGAGGAGGAGAAGCCUGAGGAGGGAGGGGAGCAGGACAUCAUGCAUGUUCUGGGCAACAUGGUCCUGGCUCUGCUGGUGAAAUACUGGAUCUACAUCUGUGGGGGCAUGUUCUUCUUCGUCAGCUUCGAAGGAAACAUCGUCAUGUACAAGAUCAUCUACAUGAUAAUGUUCCUCUCCUGUGUGGCGCUCUACCAGGUGCACUAUGAAUGGUGGCGAAGGAUCCUGAAGUACUUCUGGAUGUCAGUGGUGAUGUACACCAUGCUGGUCCUCACCCUGGUUUACACCUUUCAGUUCGAAAGCUCAUUGGAUUUCUGGGAAAAAACGUUGGGCAUGAAAGAAGACAGUUUGAAAGACCUGGGUCUGGAAAAGGAGGAAGAUGUGGCCAAACUGUUCAUUAUGAUUUUCAUCCCCACGUCCUUCCUGCUGGUGUGUGUUCUCCACCUGCACUACUUCCACGACCGCUUUCUGCAGCUCACCGACCUCCAGGCAGUGGUGGCCAAGGAGGAGAGCACUAUCUACAGCCAUGCUAAAGUCAGUGGGCGUGUCUAUCUGAUCAUGAAUAGGCUGGUGAACCAGGACGGCAGCCUGGCUGACCUCACCAUGCUCAGCGCCAGCUCAGUGGACACCAGUCUGCCCAGAGAGGAGGAGGAGGAGAAGCAGGAGGAGCAGGGGGAGUGGGGGACAGAGAAGGAGAAGGAGCAGGCCCUGGUGGUGGUGAUAGAUGAUAUCGAUACCACUGGCGAGAAGCCUGGGAGCCUCUCUGACCCGCGGCAGUCCAGCACAGAGGAGAGCCACCAGUGCAGCGCGGGGACUGAGCCAGAGCCCAGCACAGAGGAGAGCUCAGAUCUGAAGAAUAAAUGGCACCUAGUGGUCGACCGUCUGACGGUGCUCUUCCUCAAGUUCCUGGAGUAUUUCCACAAACUGCAGCUGUUCAUCUGGUGGUUACUGGAGAUCCACAUCAUCAAGAUUGUGCCCUGCUACAUCGUUUUGGUCUGUGUCAAAGAGGGAGAGGUGUCUUUGUUAAACUAUGUAUUUCUGGCAUCCUGGGCCUUCGCACUGCCCUACAGCCGGUAUCGGCCCCUUGCCUCCAGUGUUUGCACCGUGUGGACGUGUGUCGUCAUCGUAUGUAAAAUGUUGUACCAGUUGAAGUCUAUAGAACCCAAUGAAUACUCUAAGAACUGCUCUAUGGUGAGUAUUCACAAUAAACACUCUAAGAACUGCUCUAUGCCGGAGGGCUACUGGGGCGACCAGAAGAAGUAUAUGUCUGAGAAGUCUCUGCUGUAUAAGGGACAAGUGGAUCCAGCCAACUGGGUGGGCUUGAAAAAGUUUGGUGACCUGCUGGGCUACCUCAGGAACAACCUCUUGAUGUUGGCUCUCUUAGCAUUUGAGGUGACCAUCUACCGCCAUCAGGAAUACUUCAGACUGAGGAACAAACUGUCGCCUCCCGCUGCCCGAAUUAUCUUCCAUGAUAUCACAAGGCAGCACCUGGACAUUGGCAUCAUCAGCUUCAUCAAAUAUUUCAUCAAUUACUUCUUCUACAAGUUUGGACUUGAGACGUGCCUGCUGUUGGGGGUCAACGUCAUUGGGCAGCGUAUGGACUUCUAUGCCAUGCUCCAUGCAUUCGCCCUGAUAGCCGUCAUGUAUAGGCGAAGGAGGAAAGCCAUCGCUGAAAUCUGGCCCAAGUACUGCUGCUUCCUGGCCUGCAUGCUCACCUUCGAGUACUUUGUCUGCAUCGGUAUCCCUCCUGCAGCCUGUAAAGACUAUCCCUGGAGGUUUCCCAAUUCUACUACAAACUCCAAUGUGGUCAAGUGGCUCUAUGUUCCAGAUUUCAUCACCAAGCCCAGUUCAUCCUUUCUCAUCUAUGACUUCAUGUUGCUGCUCUGUGCCUCUCUUCAGAGACAGAUCUUUGAUGACGAGAACAAGGCGGCUGUCCGUAUUAUGGCUGGAGACAAUGUGGAGAUCUGCAGAGACCUGGACGCAGCCACCUUCAGCGUCCACAACCCGGUUCCCGACUUCAUCCACUGCAGGUCCUACCUUGACAUGCUGAAGGUCAUCAUGUUCAACUACCUGUUCUGGUUUGUCCUUACCAUCAUCUUCAUCACGGGAACCACGCGGAUCAGCGUCUUCUGUAUGGGAUACCUGGUGGCCUGCUUCUACUUCCUGCUCUUCGGUGGCGAGCUGCUGCUGAAGCCGAUCAAAAAGAUCCUGCACUAUUGGGACUUUCUGAUCGCUUACAACAUCUUUGUAAUCACCAUGAAGAACAUUUUGUCGAUCCUAGCCUGUGGUUACAUCGAAUCUCUGAUCAAGAACCAGUGCUGGUUAAUCCAGUUGUUCAGUCUGGCAUGCACCAUUAAGGAAUACAAUACACCCGUCGACGAUGAUAACUGUCUGCUGCCCAAAGAUGAGGCCGGGAUCAUCUGGGACAGCAUCUGCUUCGCCUUUCUGCUGCUGCAGAGACGAGUGUUCAUGAGCUAUUAUUUCCUCCACGUGGUAGCCGAUAUCAGAGCAUCACAGAUCCUCGCGUCCAGGGGAGCCGAGCUUUUCCAGGCCACGAUAGUGAAGGCAGUGAGGGCCAGACUGGAGGAGGAGCGCAAGUCUGUGGAGCAGCUGAAGAGACAGAUGGAGCGCAUUAAGGUGAGGCAGCAAAAGUUUAAGAGGGGCAAGGAGAAGAUGCUAAGCAUGGUACAGGAGUCUGGAGACGGACAGACCCUGGUUCGGCCUGAAGAUGAUGAUGAUGAUGAUGGAGCACAGCGAGUGAAAUCCAAGACCAAAAAAAAGCAGUGGUGGAGGCCGUGGGUUGACCAUGCUUCCAUGGUCAGAAGUGGAGACUAUUACUUGUUUGAAACUGACAGUGAAGAGGAGGAGGAAGAGGAGAAAACAGAUGAGGAGCUUCCAAAGAAGUCGGCAUUUCAGCGAGCAAUCGGGAAGUUUGUCUCUGCUGUUUUCGCUUUGCCCAAGUCUGUCAUUAGGCUGCCUAAAACUGUUCUGCAGUAUGUAAUCAAGGCAGGCAAGUUUUUCUACCACGCCUGGAUCACAGACCCCAAAGCUGCUCUGAAGGCAAGAGGCAAAGAGAAGCGCAAAUUUUGGAAAAAAUAUACCAGAAUUAGACACAGGAAAAGCAAGAAAGAUGCAGGUCAUGUGGCCAUAGAGGUCAAUGAGCUGUCUGAUGACCAAGACAAAGGAGAGGAGAAUUCUGAUGGCCCUGACAACAUCAUUAAGCGAGUGUUCAACAUCAUCAAGUUCACCUGGGUGCUCUUCCAGACGACAGUGGACAGCUUCACCAAGUGGAUGAAUGACGUGUGCAGAGAGUAUAUCGACAUCUCCACUGUUCUGCGUAUAGAGCGCUGCAUGCUGACCAGAGAGGUCAAAAAGGGUAAUGUGCCGUCCAGAGAGAGCAUCCACGUCUACUACCAGAAGGCCAUGAGGCUCAACAUGUCCAGGCAUGCCAGCAUGGAUCAGCUCAGCGAUGAUGAGUCGGCCUCCGGCUCAAGCAGGGCCAGAAGGAGGCGAGGAGGCUACCGCAUGGGGAGCCAGGACUCCACGGCCUCCAGAGACAGCAUGUCCAGUGCCUUCACUGAGGCCACCACCCUGUUUUCUCGUCAAUCCACACUGGAAGACCUCGAUGGAAUGCCAGAGUGCAUUCCCAAAACCAGCGAGCGUGCCAGGCCCAAACUGCGUAAGAUGUACGGCCUGGACAUGUCCACUUCAUCAAUGGACAGUGGCAGCAGCAUCAUAUCCAGUGAAGCGACCCAAUGUGUCACGCUGUACUCCAGACAGGGCACCACAGACACCAUAGAAGAAGCGGAGGAUGAGCAGGAUCAAGGGGAGGAUGUGCCACAAGUACCCUGGCAAUUCCAGCGGCUGGAUGAGAGUCAAGGGACUGAAGGUGGGCCCUGGAGUGACACAGAGCCCAGGGAGAUACAGGAGGAGGAGGGUGAGGGACUGGAGGGGCUGGGGGCUGAAGAGGCUGAGGAGGAAUUACAGGUACCAACGGACCAGGAGAGAGAAGAGAGAGGAGAGGCUCCAUGGGAGUCUUUUGGCCCAGAUGAGGGGCCCUCUCUCAGGCUGGAGGUGGCAGGGUGUGCCCCUUCUGCUCAGGAGAAGGACUUCAUCACUGAGAGUGAAGAUGGAGGAGGGCAGCAGGAUUUGAUGCAGACAGAGGGUCAAGCGGGGCUGCCCUACACCCCGGACACAGAUACUUCCAAAACAUCUGAUGCUGAUGUGCCUCCCAGCUACAGCAAGGCAGUCAGCUUUGACCGCCUGGACAUUAGCGAUGACGAGAGUGACACGGACAGGAAGAGGCGCAUGGUUAUGACCUCUGACAGCCGCUCAGACAGCAGGUCCGACAUCAUGUUGCCCUCUAUGACCACUGAGCUGACUGCCAGCGAACUUCUGCUCAACAAGAUGUUUUAUGAUGAGGAGCUGGACCAGUCAGAUAAAUUCUACCAAAACCAGCCCCUGAUCCUCCAGCUCUGCUACGCCCUCUACAACAUGCUGGUGGCUCACUCAGAAAUGGUGUGCUACCUGGUUAUCAUCAUUAACCACAUGGUGUCGGCCUCCUGCGCCACCCUGGUCCUUCCCAUCACCAUUUUCCUCUGGGCCAUGCUGUCAGUGCCCCGACCCAGCAAGCGCUACUGGAUGACCGCCAUCGUCUAUACCGAGGUCACCAUCGUCAUCAAGUACUUCUUCCAGUUCGGCUUCUUCCCUUUCAACAAGAAUUAUCAGAUUUACGAAAACAAACAUGAUCAUCCACCCAACAUCAUCGGUGUGGCGAAGAAGGAUGGUUACGUCCAUUAUGACCUGGUGCAGUUACUGGCUCUCUUCUUUCACAGAUCCAUUCUGAAGUGCCACGGCCUGUGGGAUGAGGAUGACCCCAAAGAAAAGAAAGAGCCUCCCUAUCAGAGCGAGUCUGAAGAUGAGGGAAAAGACAAGGAGGAGAGUGAGAAGGAGUCUGAACCUGCCUCCUCACUAAACAGUGAGAGGAGGGAGUCCCCUCACACCUUGAGGUCCAUAAACUUUGGGACCUCCAUAGAUUCAGGACCUGUCCAGGUGCACUUCCCACAACAGCAGACCUACCAGCGUCGCAAGAGUUCCAGCGGAGGGUCGCAUGUUUCGCACCGAUCUCACCACUCUUCUAUAAGGUCUAAAAGAGGAAGUACUGCUUCCCACAACAGCAGCCGCAAGGAUGGCAGCGAGGCUGGCAUCCAUCAGAGGACCCGCAAACAGAUGAUAGUGGAGAAGUUGAGAGAGCAGCUGUAUAAAGGAAAAGCUUUCCUCAUAAAGCGGUUCAUGGAGAUCUACCUUCCAAUGCGGCAGUUCUUCUAUAACCUGAUCCACCCAGAGUACAGUGCAGUAACAGAUGUCUACGUGCUGAUGUUCCUCGCUGACACCGUUGACUUCAUCAUCAUAGUGUUUGGAUUCUGGGCAUUUGGUAAAAACACAGCGGCAGAUAUCACUUCGUCUCUGUCUGAGGAUCGGGUUCCAGGAGCCUUCCUGGUCAUGGUCCUGAUCCAGUUUGGCACCAUGGUGGUGGACCGGGCCCUCUACCUCAGAAAGUCUGUAUUGGGAAAGGUCAUCUUCCAGGUCAUCCUGGUUUUUGGUAUCCACGUCUGGAUGUUCUUUAUCCUGCCAGGAGUCACAGAGAAGCGCUUUAAUAAGAACACGGUCGCUCAGAUGUGGUAUUUUGUCAAGUGCAUCUACUUCGGGCUCUCAGCAUAUCAGAUCCGCUGUGGUUAUCCCACCCGUGUUCUGGGCAACUUCCUCACCAAGAGCUACAAUUACGUCAACCUCUUCCUGUUUCAAGGGUUCCGCCUGGUGCCGUUCCUGACAGAGCUGCGAGCCGUGAUGGACUGGGUUUGGACUGACACCUCGCUGUCUCUGUCCAGCUGGAUCUGUGUGGAGGACAUCUAUGCUCACAUCUUCAUCCUCAAAUGCUGGAGAGAGUCUGAGAAGAGGUACCCCCAGCCACGAGGCCAGAAGAAGAAGAAAGUGGUGAAGUAUGGGAUGGGAGGGAUGAUUGUGGUGCUGCUGAUUUGCAUCGUCUGGUUCCCGCUGCUUUUCAUGUCUCUUGUAAAGUCUGUAGCUGGAGUGGUCAACCCACCUCUGGAUGUCUCGUUUGAAAUCACCCUGGCUGGCUUUCAGCCCAUCUUCACCAUGAGUGCUCAGCAAAAACAAUUGCAGAAUGUCUCAGCAGCUGCUUUUACAAUGUUUGUGAAGAAUUAUAAGGAUAACAAUGAAGCCAAGCAGUGGCUGGACAGCUACGCGGCAGAGGAUUUGAUUAUCGCCGAGCUGAAAGGCAGCUCCAACUCUUUGUGGACGAUCAGCCCACCCAGCAGAAACACCCUGAUAGAGAUGUUGAAAGGAGAAGACUUCCCCAUCACCGUGUCCUGGUCUGUGCAAAGAAACGCCAGUCUUGGUGCCAAGUCAGAAACAGUGUCUGGAAAACGAGUGACGUCUCUAGACAAAGACACAAAGGAAAAUCUCAGCAAGCUGCUAAAGGGGACAGAUAGAAAGUCAGAAGUGACCCUAAAAGAGAUCUUCCCUCGUUACAUUCAAGCCCCGAGCAGCGGAGAUGCCAAGCCUGUCGAGCAGCUUCAUAAAGAUAAGAAGUUGUUGGACAUAACCCUGGCCUUGAACAGUGCUGGGAGUGUCUCGAAUCAAACACAGGAGUGGUGGAUCGUCAGCCAGACAGAGCCGGGCCCCAUAGAAAUAAAGACUCAAAAAUGCGAUCCAUGUCUGGAGGUCUAUGUGUUCAGUGACAAGGUCAGCCCGCCCAGUCUGGGCUUUCUGGCUGGAUACGGGAUCAUGGGCCUGUAUGCCUCUGUGGUUCUGGUCAUCGGCAAGUUUGUGCGCGAGUUCUUCAGUGGCAUUUCUCACACCAUCAUGUUCGAAGAGCUGCCCAAUGUGGACCGCAUCCUCAAGCUGUGCACCGACAUCUUCCUGGUCCGAGAGACGGGGGAGCUGGACCUAGAGGAGGACAUGUACGCCAAGCUCAUCUUCCUUUACCGCUCACCAGAGACUAUGAUCAAGUGGACCCGGGAGAAAACUCAGUGAAGGGAUGUUAACUGAAGAAACUGAGACACCCAAUAGUCACCCUGUCGGUGUGAGCAGCUAUUUCAUGUCCUACAUGUUGACUUGCUGAGGGAGCACAAACAGCUGCAGACCAGCUGGGUCCUCUGCAGCUGAGCUCUGGUGGUAGUGAAACAGUGUUAGCUCCACACAAAUUAUAAACUGGUAUUUUUUACUCUUUAGUGAUGAAAAACAAUGACGACAAAUGAGCACAAAUUUGUUGGUGCUGUAUUUCUCUUGGGAAACCUGGCUCAGUUUGGCAUCCAGUGGAACAAAAUAAGCAGAGAAGUCUUUUAAGAUGUUUCCUAAGAUAUAAAAAGUCCUGUCCAUAAGGUGAAAGUUAGACUUUAAAACACCCCUCAAUGCUCUUCAUGCCUGUCGUCUUACAUUUUCCCAACCUCACAGGAGGCAGAGAGAAGCUCAAACUGGCUGCAGCUUUACUUUUUAAGGGCUUCCCAUCAACAAAUAAUUGCGCCACAUGAGCACAAUCUCAUAUUUUCUCCAAUGGGAACACUUGGAUUGUGGGACUGUGCAAUACUGAGCUCUCGUUCCUCUGAGUUUUUGGAUUGAUAUGGACUGAAAGAAGAGGCUGGUUCUGAGCUUAGACACUUGAACAGAAAUUUCACCUUUUUUGUUUUUUAAAAACAUCAGAGGCCACAUGGCAGAAAACAUGAUCAGAUCAUCUUUACUUGCCUUAUUUUGUUUGUAUAAGAAGAACUGAAACUCUUAUCAAUUACAUAUCUUUCUCAGGAAGAGCUGUUUUCAUAGCUGUUAAUUGUAUGAGAUAGUUACAAUAUGUAUGCUUUGAUGGAUCUAAAAAAAAAGAGAUUGUAGAGAAGACGAGAAGCAUUUAAAUGGCAUGAAAUAUACUGUAACGUGGACAUUGUUCAGAUGGACUGAUACAGAGUAGGUUUACUGCACAGGGACACAGUUAAAGGCUGUAUUAAGAAAGUACAUUUGUCACUGUGGACUUGUCCUCACAGAGAAUGAGAUAAUUGCCAAUCAUCCACUUUCUGAAUCAUCUACAGGUUGGCUCGAGUCGAGACCAGCAGGGGGCUGUUUCUGAAUCAGGGUAACGUGCAUUAGGUGGUAGACUCUUGCACAUCACUUGUGAACCUCUCGUUGUUUUUAACCUUUACCCUCAUGAACGCUGUGGCGCCCACAGCUGUGCAUUCAGUCACCAAAGAAGAAACAAAAUGAUUCUUCACAUGAAGGGCUGAGACAUGAAGCCCUUUGGUCCAAACUAUGCAUUAGAGGACAUUGUAGCAUGAAAGAGAAACUUCAUUAUUGCCAUGACUCAUUUUCAUUACAUGUACAUACAAGAUUAAUGGAACAGGACAUGGUGGAAUGAAAUGUGAAACUGUACCUGUAUGUUAAGGUAGUGUGGUAUGAUAGAGGUCUAGAGAGCUGUGAAUAAAACAUCUGGAAGUGUGGA